AAAAUCUCAAAAAGAAGAAGACAACAGGGGGCGCUGUGAGAGCCAAUUGAGUCCUUUACUUCCGGGACUACGAGGAGUUGAGGUUAACGCAUCUGCGCCCUUAGCGACAACAAAAUCCCAGCCUAGAGGGCAAUGGGGCCAGAUGGGGUCCCGAGUCAGUCUGUGCCCUGGCGGAAGGUGCUGUGGGAAGGGCAGCCGUUUCCUGACAACUACGUGGACCAGAGGUUCCUGGAGGAAUUGCGGAGGAAUGAGGGCAUCCGACAGUACCGCUACUGGGCCGUAGUGAAAGAAGCAGGCUUUGUGGGACAGCAGCUGUCCUGUGUGGCCGUUUUUAUCACUCUCUGGCUCUACAUGGAGCAGGGUCUCCUUGCCCCGGAGACAUUGCUUUGGACCAGCCUCAUGAGUGCCCUCCUGGGUUAUGGACUGUACCAAGCGUUGACAUCUCAGACUAAAUCCUGCAGUGAGAACCGCACACAUUUGGCGGAUUCACAGAGUGCUGCUCUUUUCCUUUCCUUCACCUUCGGCUUCUCACCGGUUCUAAAAACUUUAACAGAGUCUGUAAGCACAGACACCGUGUAUGCCAUGUCGGCUCUGAUGCUGCUGGCCCACCUGGUGUCGUUUCCUUACGCCCACCCCUCACCCCCUGGCAGCCUCUCUUUAAACGCAGCUUUGUUUGCCUCUGUGUGCUUGGCCUCAAGGUUACCUGGUACUCUGCACACCUUUGCCAUGCUCACAUGCGCACUGCUAGUGUUCGCCCUGUGGCCCUGUCUGCUCCAGAGGUUAAGGGAGAAUGCCCCCGGCCAGUUUACUGGGGUGUGUGCGGGAGUGUGUGUCGGAGGGGUAGGAGGUCUGGGAUCCCAGUCACUUGGGGGAGCUGUGCUCUUAUCCCUGGCCUUAGUGAGUGUUACAUUAAUCUGUCCCCUGCUGUUGGUCAGGCUGCAAAGGCACAAGGACAACAUCCACGGGCCCUGGGAUGAGGCUGAGAUUCAGGAAGACCUCAGCCGCUUCCUCCACUAAUGAACAGAGCAAACCAAGCUAAAUACAACUGCUGAUGACCAAACUGGCAAUUUUGCAGGACUCCCUUUUCUACUGUAUAUCUUACCUGAUUUCUCGCUGGAAUGUAUCUGUUUGGAUAGCCGGAGCAAACUGUUCUUCCCAUGGAUGGUUUUUAUUGUUAAUGCUGCUACUGUUUCCUACACACUGACCUUAGUAAUUGUACAAAUGGUAUGGAUCAGUGUGCAGGGCUGACCUAAACUACUGAACAAUUAUGAUGCAAUGCACCAAGUUGACCUCCGUGAAGUUUUAAUACUGUGUGGACUGAUGAUGUUGUAUAUAGGAAUAAGGGCUCUGAUUCCACGUUGUAUUUUAGUUCAGUAGAAUAAACCUGAGGAUGAUGAUGUAGUCAUGAAUUUGGUAAUUGAAAUCAUUUUUCUAUGAGGGCUACAGUGAUGCUAUGUAUAACCUAUUGUGGAACAUUUGGCUCAGUUUUGACAGUGAUAUGUACAUGAAUCUAAUUAUUUGCUUAAAAUGUGGUACUUAGAAGCUUUGUUUUAAAGAAAACAAAGUUGUUGUUUUUUUUAAAUGCACUAAGGAAUCAGCCUGUCAAUGAUUUCAAAAUCCAUCCUUUUUUGAUUAAAAACACUCCUGAUGAUGA